AUGGACCCGGCACUCGCGGUGAUGUCACCUUUCCAGCAUGAGGUGAAGGGCAUUGAUGGGAUGCUGGAGGACGCAGUGGAAGAGAUCACACAGCCCUCGUCGAUUGGCGCAGGUAGCAGCAACAACGGCGGGAACAACCGGACUGCUGCCACGGCCGACAGCGCCGCUGCAGAGCUUCCUGCAUCGGCGGCUCUUCCCGUGACGCGCUGCAGCUUCUGUGCCCACUCUGCCACUACCCGCUCCGUCCCAGAGGAUGGCCUAUACGUGUGCGCCAACUGUUUAGCUGCGCAGGGAAGCCGACCUCGUUUGUUCCCUCUUGGCACUUUCAAGUGCUGCCCCACCUCUACAGAGGCGGUGGAUGGUGAUGUGGUGCGGUGCGCCGGUUGCUACCGAUGGUACCAUGUGCACUGCGUAGGCAUCACGGAUAACGUGCUGCGCAACUAUGUGACUCUUUCGACCACUUCAUGGUACUGCCCGGAGCCGGCGUGCUGCGAUCGCGUGCUGCAGAGACAUUUGAAGAGGUCGACAAGGGAGUAG